AUGAAAAAGCUAGACAACUAUUUGAUUAACCAAGAGAACGAAUUGGAUUCCCAAGAAAACUAUUCCCUGUUUAGCAAAUUUAAUGCUAAUGCGGAUGACCUUUUUUACAACCCCCAAGAUGAUAAAAUGGCAACCCACUUAAUAACCAAAAAGGCAGAAGGAAAGAAUGGUGAAGGUAAGGAUACUCCAGUUAAGGACAACUUUGUCGAUUCUUUGAAUUCACUCAAAUUUAAAAUUAAACAGGAAAUUCAAGAAAACAACAAUCUGUUGUCUCUGCAAACGCGUAAGCAACUAACACAGACCAGUAAAGAACGGCUGCAAGGCAACUACAACUGGGGGACACACAAAAUAACUACCCCAGGGAAUAACUACAAAAGGGCCCUUAAAAAGACAAACGCUUCGAAUAAAGAAGAGUUACAUAAUGUAAAAACCAAAAUGAAGAAAAAGAUAAACAACUGUGAAGCGGAAGCAUGUAUUAGUGCUAACUGCGAACAAACGUGUAGCACUUCCUUCCCACACCAAAUGGCAAGUAAGGACAAGGGAGCAAACGCACUUGCAGGCAAUUCUGCACAAAUAAUCGACGAUGCCUUUUUCCAAAAAGACGAAUUAUUUGCACAAGGGGAAAGUAACACCUUAGUGUUCGGGAAAAACAAUUUUGAAAGUAUUAACAAAGUUGUUGGAGUUUCCAUGAAGGAAAACGAGCAAGGUAAAAAUGGAACAAUGCGCGAAGCUGAAAAGACAUUAUCUGCCAAAUUUAACCAGAAAUGCCGAAACGAGCAGCCUAUUUUGAACCAAUCGAAGGAAUCCUGCGUAGAUGAUUUUUUUAAAGAAGAAGAAAAUAAUCAAGACAAUCAGGUGGCGUCAGAGCAGAAUGACCAAAGUGACAUUCGAGGAGGCUCUGGAAGUCGUCUUCGCACUGCUAACCAAGACGACGUUGGCCACCUUACAGGAAGCACGAAAGGGGCAAAUGCAGGCGGGAAAAAUAUAUCCACUCCAAGUGAUGUAAACCCAGAGUUGGACUUUUUCCAGGAUGGAGGGACUUCCUUAAAGGAGGACAACUGUUUUGAUUUGUUCUUUAACGAACCCAUGGCAACUCCAACCAUAUUUCAGAGGAGAAAGCAUUAG